AAAUAUAUAAAAUCGGAGCGAGAAGGAAACGAAAAAGCCUCAGGGCAAGCGAUUUAAUGUCCAUGAAAAAUAGUGCGCAUCAACGACAGAAUUAGCCGAACAGUCACCACUCAUGCCGCAUCCGAUCGACAGCGCUGGACAAUGGCAGCAUGGCAAUUAGUUGAAAGGUAGCAAUACUAUUCGUAUGAUAUCAUCAAAUUAGCGACAAUCGUAAUAGUGAUAUUACGUAUGUGGAAUAACACUAACCGAGUAUAACAGUACUGGACUCAAGCACAUCAGAAUUUGCUCUAAUGCUACACACACCCUGCCGACGAUGGCGGCGGCGGUGGUAGCAGCAGCAACAGCGACGAUAUCACGAACCGUCGAAGUGAGAGGGAAAACUUUGCCGUGGUAGACGACAGAUACCGGCAGGCUGUCCGUCUGCCUGCAUAUGCUCGUGUAUCCGUGGUGUCGAUGUGUGCGCUUCUGCCGGCGUUCGUCCUAUCUAAUCUAUUCUAACACUCAUCCCGGAGGACGAAGAGCGGCCAUUAGCAGUGUGUAUGGUGCUGAUGGCCGCCGACUUGUCGUGUUGAUGGUGGCGUUCUGGUCGAUCGUUGUGGAGGGAUCGUCGACCAUCGAGCAGCAAGAAGCAUCAACGACGAUGGCGGCAGCAAUAGUCGCGGAUCAGCCUCGAAUGCAGCGCUGUCAGCCUUCACUCAGUCAAUCAGUCGAUUAGACCGCCAACACGAAAACAACGACAGUGGUCCAUAGAGAAGUUUCCAGCGCUCAGAACAUUUUCGAUGUACUUAUCCGAUGGCCGAGAAUAAUCGACUGCUGGUGAAUAACAGAAUUGAUCUGGUCAAUAGAAUCUUGGGAGUGUGCUGAACUGUCGGGUGACAGUGAACGCAGUUAGCGGAAUGUGAUAGUCCCCUGUAUUCCGUUUACUGUGUUGUCUGUUGUUCAGUGGUAGGGGUGCUUCCACAGUAAGCGAUAUUUUUCUUUUGUGGCUACUGCUAAUGUGAUUAUAUCCGGCUAACGCAUGGUGGUGCUUGUGGCCAGUAAUGCUCCUCAUUGUGUUCAUGCAACGAGAGGAAUUUUGUUUUUCCCUAACGAAAUCUGCUCGAAUAUCGAAAACACGGCACAUGUAGACACCCGCUGAUGGAUAGUAGUUACCGUUUUUUUUUUUACAAGCUUUACUAUUACUUGACCAGUUUCGAAUAACGACUAGUGCAUUGCUAUCGUUUAUCGACAGCGUUCGUCAGGUAAACUCGUCUGAUCGGAAAUACCGAAAUACUGCAGUUACGUGUUGCUAAUCCGCCGAUACGAUUAUAUCGUCGGUAUUGUCUAUACCACGACACCAAUGAUGACGACAAUGAUGGUGAUGGUGACGAUGGUUGCUAUUUAUGCUGAAAUGUGUAUGUUUGGUUCUUGUGUUGCAUCUACAAAGUGAAAGCUAAGAGGCCGGCCUGCGAGGUGUCAGAUGGGACACCGGGGACAGAAUCACUGUACAGUUUGUCUGCUCCUGUUGGAGUACAGCAGCAGCAGCAGCAGCGGUAGUUUUGCACGGCUUUCGUAGACUCCUGUGGGUUUCUCUCAGUUUCCGCAGUUAAUUAAUGCCGAAAAAGUCAACGAUAGCGGAGGCAGGAGUAACAGGCCCACAACGGUUGGCUGAUCAACAGUUUGCUAAAUUUAAUCUAAGCUCAUAGUGUUGUGGUGUGCAGAUAGGCAGUGUAUAUAGCGACGAAGUAUCUGGUGAUGCCGCUGUGCAAAAUUGGCUUUUCAUUCUGUGUUUGCAGGAGGGGUGAGCUUGUAGCUAAGAAUUGUGUCAGUGUCUUUCAUAAUCUGCAUUGCCAUUGUGCUGUAAUGGAGUAGCUAUAACAGUAGAAUGCUGCACCGUAAUGUAGCAAAGACCUCAGUUCCACUUCGUUACUAGGUUUGUCAACGAUAUAGCGUGUGGCUCUGUACAAACUGGCCAGUUUUCAAGUCCACUGAUUCGCUGUCAAGUUCAAAGUGGAAAAAUUAGAGUGACCAGCGAUUUUCGAUAUCGGGUUUAACAAUCACGAUUUAUCGUCAGCAAGCCGCAAAGCUGGUUCCGCGACCGGUGAUCAACUACAAUGGGUCUUUUACCACUCGAAUUUCGUGACUGCCUCACGGAUUCGCCACAAUUUCGUGACAAUCUCGCUAGUCAUGAAAAAGAAUUAGAGAUCACUUCACAAUCGAUCAAGGGCAUCAUCAAAGAGAUCAAGGAACUGCUCAAUGCCGCCAAAAAUCUAUCCCGGGCACAGCGGAACCUGGCCAAAACAUUUUCAGAAUUUCGAUUCGAGACGAUAGGAACAAGUCAAACGGACGAUGAGAUUGUAAUCGGCAACUCCCUGAAAGAGUUUAGCAGGCUGCUAAAUGCAAUUGAAGAUGAACGAGAUAGAAUGUUGUUGAACGCGUUUACGCUUAUUGAGCCCAUUGACCGGUUUCGGAAAGAGCGGAUCGGAGAAGCAAAAGAAAAACGAAAACGCUUCGAGAAGGAGACGGCGAAAUACUGCAGCGUUCUGGAGAAGAGUCUCGCGCAGUCCGUCAAAAAGAGUGAACCUCGAGAGACGGAUCAGGAAGUGGGCUCAGCCCAGCUCAGCUUAUUCAAGAUUUCCUUGGAAUACGUGCUUCAUUUGCAACGGGUUCAAGAAGGAAAAAAGACAGAGUUUGUGGAAACAAUCCUUCGAUUCAUGUAUGGCUGGUUAACAUUUUAUCAUCAGGGUCACGAGGUUUCCAAUGAGUUCACCUCAUUCAACCUUGAUCUUCAGCGAAAGCUGCAAAAAACUAGAGAAAGCUUAGAGAUAACUAACUCGCAAGCUGAAAAUCUCAUGAAGAAAAUGUUGUCGGAGAGGCAAGAUCCCGGAUCCCUAAAUCGCAUGUACACGCGUGAAGGUUACCUGUAUCUUUUAGAGAAGAAAAAACCACUCCUUUUUUCAGAGCACCUCGGGACCGUUUGGACCAAGCACUUCUGCCAGUAUCGUAAAGAGGAUAGAAAGUUCACCAUGAUACCCUAUUCUCAGCAUGGAAACCAGAAAAUCACUAAUUGCGAGACGCUGCACCUGGCAGAGUGCGUGCGGCGAAUGUCUGAAACCAUCGAUCGCCGGUACUGCUUCGACGUGACGCCACGUGACCGCGGGUCCGGCAACAACACCGUCUACACGUUCCAAGCGCUGAAUGCCGAAGACCACCGUCUUUGGCUAGCUGCUAUGGACGGCAAAGAGCCACGGGCCCCGACGAUAGCAGGAGGCGCCGGUCAGGGCGGGAAUACAGCGCAGACCAACGUUUUUCUGACAGAAGACGGCAUUAGAUUCGUUCGAUUGUGUAUCGAAGCCAUUGAAAAGAGGGGCAUCGAUGAUCAGGGAAUCUAUAGGACUGCUGGAGUCACAUCUAAAGUGACAAAACUCACCAAUCUCGCUGUGGAACAAUUUGCAGACAAGAAAAAGGGAAAUCAGCUGAAUUUGAUGGACGCUAAUGAAUGGGAAGUAAAGACAAUCGCGUCAUCGCUAAAGACUUAUCUUCGAUUACUCAAAGAGCCCCUUCUCACGUUCUCCUUAUAUCAGGAGUUCAUUAAAGCAGCGAAGUUUGAGAAUGCCCAGGAAAGGGUCAACGAAGUAGAAAAGCUUGUCCAAAAACUUCCGGCUAUCAAUUAUCGGAUGCUCAAAAUGCUCAUCGAGCAUCUUGUUAAAGUUUCAGAUAAUAAAGCAACUAACUUAAUGUCGAUCAGCAAUCUAGGCGUGUGUUUUGGACCGACGUUAUUACGGGCUGAGGAAGAGACCGUAGCUGCCAUAAUGGACAUCAAAUUUUGCAACAUUAUCAUCGAGAUUCUUAUUGAACACUCCUCUGUGAUAUUCGCUCGCGAAGUCCCUUCUACCGCAGCUGCUGGAGGGCAUGUAGGAGGUGGAGCUUCGACCGGUGCGAUGAAUUCUUACGAGGGCGUUCGACAAGACCCUUCGAGACCUGCUCCCAUCGGAAGUGUGAUGGCUUCCGGCGUACAUCCUUCACCCCAGCAGCAAAUGCAGCUUGGUGUGGGCUCACCGUUACGGUGCCCACUUCGGUCAGACCAACUUCAGCAGCAAAUGCAACAGAUGAGUGCGAGUCCUAUGCAAUAUCAUGCGGCUGGGUAUAGUCCAGCAGGUGCAAACAGCCCGAACCCAACGACGGCAGGUUCAGCGCAGCAUUUACCACAGAAAACGCCACAUCACGUUCAGGAGAGCGGUAUGUAUGGAUACGCCAGAGAUGUUUACACUGCAGUUCCUGUUGCUAAUGGAGUGCCACAGACUGGUUCUGUACCGCAAGCGCCUUUGCGGCACCAAUACGUCGGUCAUACCCACAGUUACCCCGUCGCUAGCCAGUGGAAUAACCGGACCGACUCACCGUCAGGCAGCAGCAACCCUCAGGGCUACGCCUCGCCUCAGAGUACGGGAGGUGUCGGAAGUAAUGUGCCAAAUUACAAUACCUCUUCCUCGCAGCCCGUUCUCUCUAGUCAUGGCUCGUUAAGUUCCGCAUCAGGGGGUGGUUCGAGCUCAGGAGUAUCAGGAUCUCUAAAAGGCCCUGUUCCACUAGGACCCCCGGUUAUUCAGGGCGUCCAGACGGGCUUAGGCUGUCGCGUACGUACACUUUACGCGUGCGUCGGUGAGAAUGAGCAGGAGCUCUCCUUCGAGCCAAACCAGAUCAUUACCGAUGACUCGUCCUGUGCGUCAUCAUGGACCGCUGACGCGGAACCUGAAUCGAUAACGGAGCUUUCCGUGGACGUGCCGGAUAACAAGGACGACUUAAUGACCUUAGCCGCAAAUAGCCCUUCGGUGACGAGCAAAGCAUCGGUGAUGACUACCGGACACUCACGCAAAACAAGUAGUGGAAGUCUUCCCAGGAUCCCUCAAAGCUUCGUAUGUCCGCAGUCCCGAGACAACAAGCGGAACCGCAGACUCCGCCGCAACCUGAAUGCGUUUAGUACCAUUGCCUUCUAUUAUCGAGUCAUGAAAGUGUCAAAAUCGAGAAGAAGUUCUGCUUAAAUAUCUUAAAUAUUUUUCACGUUCCCCCUUCGUUUUGUUAUGCUGAUCGGUGGCAAAAACUAUCGUAACCUAAGCUUUACUCUGGUCUGACUUCCCAUAGAGUAUCAGAAUCGGGGUCUACAAGCCAUUCUAAAGAUGCCAUAACCUAGUUUAAGCCGCAUUACUAUUAGUAACGUUAUGUUAAGCGUCUGUGCAGCAACAUUCAAAUGAUCAACGAGUCAGUUCCACCGCAUCCAGCAACUUGUACAUCCAGGGCACCACGCAGGUCCUUAACGGACAAUGCUCUACGUAGGGUAAGUUGGUGCUUACUGAAGCCAAUCGCAUGUAGUCUAUAUCAAACCCAAUAUGGCGAAAUCUGUUUUUUGAAAAAUCCUGCAUUCCUCUUAGAAGGGUGACCCCGGUGACUCUAGAUGAGAAUAAUUACUGGUGCAAGGAUACGUGGACGGUUUAGUGCUGCGGUAUAGACAAUACAAGAUACAUUACCUGGAGGGUUGAUCGUCUUGCGUGGGUAUUUCGAAGGUACUGAGUCCUCAUGUCAGUCAGGAGGAUAUGAUCAUCGAGUCAUAAGCAGUUGUUUGUAUUGUACGUUAUUAUGAUUAUACUACUAUGCCCUAUAUUAAAUAUAUAUAAAUCUUUUCAUUGAAUUUUACUCCGGUGACAUGCGAACGACGUAGUUCGGAUUGGGCCUAAUAUCUUAAUACUUUUUCUGCCAGAGAAAAAAAAGCUGAAGAUGUUGGUACGCGGAUACUAGUGCUAACAUGAUUCACAUUUCCUAAAGAAUUUUACGUUUUUUCAGAACCAUUUUUUGGACCAUAACCAUUAAGCCGAUUCCUAGCAGAACACGAGGCACCAUUUGUUUGAAGUUACAAUAGGCUCAAUAGAUAAUGCUGUUUAUUAUAUUGACCGUCGCUGGCAAUCGUACCGUUAUGACCCUGUUAGUGUUACGUUAACGACAAAGCUAUUAUAUAAUUAUAAUAAUAUUAAUAAAUGGGAGAUUUCUAUGUAGAUAUGUCAGUUACAUAUACAACGAUUGACAACUAACAGUAGAAAUUAUAAAUUAUUAUUACAUGCGUAUAUAAACGGCGGCAGAAUAUGAUAGAAGGCCGUCAUGAUAAGGCGGUGCGAUGUAUCCCAUCUAGUAUACAUACAUACAUACAUACAUAUGUGCUGACCACCGUGCAUAAGCGGAGCUAAGCGAGUAUGCUGUAAAUAAUUAUAUGAUGACAAUAUUAUUACUGACGGCGGCCCCCACAACCAUUUCGAUGUAAAGUAAUGUUUAUCAUUGGAUUGUAAAUACGACGCUAUACAAGCUGUAAGUAGGCCCGUGUAGUGAAGUAUAGUUAAUACGAAAAAAGAUGCGGUACUUAACAACAAAAUCUGAUGAGUGGGAUACGUCAAGUCAAUAGAACCAACAAUAUCAGCAAAAGCCAAUUUUAGAAUAUCAAGUUGCUCUAUAUUAACUUAAAAUAUAGGGUAGCUAAGCUGUAUUGCAAUUAAACUUAACAUGAUGGUAAGUGUUGCGACCUGUAUCGGAGUGUAGAAAGUUAAUUAAUUGGAGGCUUGUUUGAACUGUAUACAAAUCAUGAACUUGAUUGCGAGCUGCGAUAAUUUUUACAAGUAUGAUAAGUGUACGCCCGCUUAAAUUUAACGUUCCCUUUGAACAAAUAGGCUAGUCUACUCACGUGUGGAUCAAGCGCAGCGAUAAAAGAGCAAUAUCUGUGUCAAUUUAGAAAAAAAAAAAACAUAAAAGAAAGAGACAGCUAGAUAAAAAA